AUGGGCGACAUCUUAUGUGGAAAAUUUUCCAGUCCCAGGUGCCUAUGCUGCCAUUAUGAAGAGAGAGAAGACUCAUCACAGCAAGAAAAUAUUCAACUGAAAGGAGAGGAUUAUAUACUGAAACCAAGAAGAAGUCUCCCAUUUGGGAAUGUCUCAUCCUACCUGCAUCUUGAGACACUGAGUGAAGGUCCUCACUCAGUGGUGUGCAAAGGAAUCAGCAGAAUAUACAGCCAGCUGGUAGCUUUGAAAGUCAUCAACCUGAAGACUGAGGAAGGAAUCCCUUUUACAGCCAUAAGAGAAGUUUCCCUCCUCAAGAGUUUGAAACAUGCCAAUAUUGUGCUCCUUCAUGACAUCAUCCAGACCAAAGAGAACCUGACUUUAGUCUUUGAGUACAUGCACACAGACCUGGCACAGUACAUGUCUCAGCAUCCUGGGGGACUUCAUCCUCAUAAUGUCAUGCUUUUCAUGUUCCAGCUUCUGAGAGGCUUGGCUCACAUCCACAAGUGCCAUAUCCUUCAUCGAGACCUGAAACCUCAGAAUUUGCUCUUAAAUUGCUACGGAGAGCUUAAGUUAGCUGAUUUUGGUCUUGCUCGUGCCAAAUCCCUCCCCAACCAAACAUACUCUGCGGAAGUGGUGACACUUGGGUAUCGUCCUCCUGAUGUUCUGCUUGGAGCCACUGACUAUUCAUCAGAUGUGGAUAUUUGGAGUGCAGGCUGCAUAUUUGUGGAGAUGGUUCACGGUCAGCCACUGUUUCCAGAUGUUUGCAGUAUCUUUGACCAGUUAGAGAAAAUCUGGAUAGUCCUGGGGAUCCCAACCGAAGAAACGUGGCCAGGAGUUUCCAGACUUUGCCACUAUAAGCCAGAUAGAGUCCUUGGCAGUUGGCCUCAGGGGCUCCAGACGAUCUGUGACAGGCUGAGCAAGGUGCCUGAGGCGGAAGACUUGGCAGCAAGAAUGUUAAAAGUGUGUCCGCAAAAUAGGAUCUCUGCACAAGAGGCACUUUUUCAUCACUUCUUCACCCCCCUGCCCUCUAAACUGGACCAGCUUUCUAAUGCACAGUCCAUCUUCACAGUACCUGGAGUGGCACUCAAACAAGAAAUGUGUGACCUCUUUUCUUCAUCUCAGAAGGGCCAUCCGGAAAACAGUUCAAGCAAGUUUUGGUGAAAGAAAGAAAGAAAGGAUUUUUUUUCAAGAGAGAAAGGAGGCAAAGAAAGAAAUCCAUACUGUUUAUCAUCACUAGCUAAGACAAAUGGGGAUAAGGUAUAUAUUUUAAGGAUCCUGGAUUUCAACUCAUAUCAUAAGCCCAGUGACUGGAUGGGGGGUGGGGGGUGGGAAGAGAUAUGGACAUAAAUACAAAGAACAAAACAUUUCUUUCUGCAGUUUCAGGAUGAAAUGCAACUCCUAGUAAUAUCAAAUUUUCCAAAGAUGGGGAGUGAAACCGAAUGGACUACAGCAUUCGUUUUAUCUUCACCACUUUGACUCUAAUUGUCCAGAACUACUACGCUACAUGGAUGGACUUUCUGCCAUCAUUAAUGGGGCUAUUGUUUUCCAGGUUCCACAUUAAUCAAACAUUAAAAAUGUGCAUUGUGGGCAGAUGAUUUAGCAACACUCAGAUGAAUUCUUUGCUCCUAAACUGUCUCAGUCAUGAAUUGUCUGUCUACAGUUUAGUCCCACAAU